CUCUUUUCUAUCGCUACACCAACGGGCUUUGCUCCUCAGAGCUCUCCUCCAUGAUGCCGCCGCGCGAUGUGCCUGCCAGACAGAUCCGCCUGACUUCGGCGUCCCAUCCUAACCGUGUCAAACUUCGUACAUCCAGAACUGGCCGAUACGACCGCUCCUUUGUCCCGAGGGUGUCUAGAUUGUGGAACAAUCUACGGGAGGAAGCUUUUCCCAGUUCUACUAACCUUAGGCAGUUCAAAAAUCGUAUUAACAAAAUUUCUUUGGGAUCAUCAUAG